CGAACCCCGCGGGCGACAAGGCCGCCGCCACUUUACGGUCCUGGGACCCGGCCAGCGCCCGCCCCAGCUAGGGCAGGGCGGCAUUGUAGGAGGCGGAGCCCGGAGAAAGCUGCCGCGGGCGGGCACCUGGAUAAGAGGACCCUGAACCGCCCGCCCCAGCUCCGCGUGGUGGUGGGCGGUGGCUGGGUCAUGUUGCUGGUGUUGCUGAGCCUGGCUGCAGUGUGCGGGAGCACCGUGCCCCGAGAGCCGACUAUUCAAUGUGGCCCUGAGACUGGGCCAUCUCCAGAGUGGAUGGUCCAACACACACUCACCCCAGGAGACUUGAGGAACCUCCAAGUGGAACUUGUUAAAACAAGGGUUGCACCAGAGGAUUUUUCAAUUUUGAUGAACAUAAGCUGGAUACUCCGGGCAGAUGCCAGCAUCCGCUUGUUGAAGGCCACCAAGAUCUGUGUGACUGGCAUAAGCAACAUGCAGUCAUACAGCUGUGUGAGGUGUGAUUACACAGAGACCUUCCAAAGUCAGACCAGACCUUCCGGCGGCAAAUGGACCUUCUCCUACGAAGGCUUUGCCGUGGAGCCCAGCACACUCUACUUCAUCGGGGCUCACAACAUCCCCAAUGCUAAUAUGAACGAAGACAGCCCUUCCUUGUCCGUGAACUUCACCUCUCCAGGCUGCCUGGACCAUGUAAUGAAAUAUAAAAAGCAGUGCAUUGAGGCGGGAAGCCUGUGGGACCCAAACAUCACUGCUUGUAAGAAGAACGAGACGAUGGUUGAAGUGAAUUUUACAACCAGUUCCCUUGGAAAUACAUACAACGUUUUGAUUCUACACGACAUGAGCAUGCCGUUGGGGUUUUCUCAAGUGCUGGAGAAUAAACUGACGCGGACGUCUGUAGCCAUCCUGGUGGAAGGCAGCGAGAGUGAAGGUGCUGUGGUGCAGCUGACUCCGUAUUUCCACACCUGUGCCCCUGACUGCAUCCGACGCCAAGGGACAGUCGUGCCUUGUUCAGAGACAAGUCCUCCAGCUAACAAGAGAAGCAUGCUGGGAGACUGGCUGCCACUCAUCUCGGUGCUGCUGGUAGCUACAUGGGUCCUGGCAGUUGGCAUCUACCUAACCUGGAGGCAAGAAAGGAGCUCCAAGACUUCCUUUCCUACUACCAACAUGCUGCUGCCCCUCAUUAAGGUCCUGGUGGUUUACCCGUCAGAGAUAUGCUUCCCUCAUACCGUCUGCCGCUUCACCGACUUCCUUCAAAACCACUGCAGAAGUGAGGUCAUCCUCGAAAGAUGGCAGACAAAGAAAAUAGCCGAGAUGGGUCCAGUGCAGUGGCUUGCCACCCAGAAGCAAGCGGCAGAUAAAGUGGUCUUCCUUCUUUCCAGCGAUGCCCACAGUCUCUGUGACAGUGCCUGCCGCCAGAACAAGGAUGGGGCCAGGGAGAACUCUCAGGACCUCUUCCCUCUCGCCUUUAACCUUUUCUGUAGCGAUUUCAGCACCCAGGCUCAUCUGCGCAAAUACCUGGUGGUCUACCUUGACGGGGCGGACAUCCAGGGCGACUAUAAGGCUCUGAGUGCCUGCCCCCAGUAUCGGCUCAUGAAGGACGCCACGGCUUUCCACACAGAACUGCUCCGAGCUGCACGAAACAUGUCAAUGAAGAAACGGUCACGAGCUUGCCAUGGCGGCUGUUCCCUGUUGUAGUCCACCCAGGAGGAGGGAGACCCUGAAGCCCUCCUACUCUUACCAAUUCCAGUG